UGUAAAUGAGUUUCUGCGAUCUUUUAUGGUACCCCACAGUUUCGACAUCGCUUUAGUAAACACAUAAAUCCAUAAUGAAUCUAACUUUGCUAUUUUAAGAGCGGCAGCAUCUCGUAAUAUCAAGUUUUUUUUUAAUGGUCAGUUGGCUGUAGUUCUGCACAGAGUCUAAUCGAGUGACUGUAUUUGAUUUUCCUCCAUAGUUUUCAAGCUGAUGUUGUGUGGUGUAUGUUUGUGACUUUGCCGUGGACCCCGUGAGACUGCAGCAUGCCUACCGUGGUGCUGAUGGAUGUGUCUCUGUCCAUGACCCGGCCGGUGGCGCAGGAUGGCAGUGAGGAGUACCAGAGGAAAAACUUGGCCGUGCACGGCCUCAACAUGCUCUUUGAACACAUGGCGUCCAAUUAUCGACUGGAGUUCACCGCACUAAUGGCCUUUUCGUCUCUCUGGGAACUUCUGGUACCUUUUACCAGAGAUUACAACGCGUUACAGGAGGCUCUAAGUAAUUUGGAGGAUUAUGAUAAGACUUGUUUUGAGUCGGCUCUCCAUGGAGUGAGCAACGUUGUUCAGCAGGAGUGGGGCAGUGCGUGUCCCUGUCAGAUGGUGCUGGUGACUGACGGUUCUCUGGGGAUCGGAAAAGGCUCUCUCCGCCAUUCCCUCCAAGCCCUGAAACAUCGCGGGGAAGACAAGAAGUUCCCACUACCGUUCCCUUUCCCAACUAAACUCUAUGUGAUGUGUGUGGCUAAUGCAGAGGAGUUGCAGAUGACCGAUGCCAUGGAGAAUUUGGAAGAACUUCUGUGUCUGAGUGGAGGGGAUGGGCAAAUCUUUACUGUGGAUGGACAGAUCUGUAUGAAGAGUGUCCAGGCCAUGUUUGGGAAGCUGAUAGACUACGCGUACACUCCCUUCCAUGCGGUUCUUCACUGUGGGAACCUGUCCUCAGAUGUUCAGGUGUUCCCCCGUCCUGAGCCCCUUAUAGUGGAUGAGGAAGUGGAACCCAUGCCACGCGCUGUCAGCUCAGAUCUGGAGAUCGUUGGAUUUGUUGAAAUUGCUGAUAUCGCCAGCCCUCCUGUUAUUUCCAGACACUUGGUUCUGCCUAUUGCUGUCAACAAAGAUGUAGAUGAGGUGAACACAGGAGCCACAGAGGAGCUGGAAGAAGAGGCUUCGACGAGUCAAAUGGCAGGGAAGAGCCCAAACUUCUGUGUCCUGCUCCACGGCAGUCUGAAGGUGGAGGGCAUGGUGGCUCUGGUCCAACUGGGGCUUGAGUGGUUUGGUAUGCUCUACUCUCAAGCAGACAGUAAAAAGAAGUCCAACCUGAUGAUGUCACUAUUUGAGCCCGGUCCAGACCCGCUGCCUUGGCUGGGGAAGAUUUCGCACUUGGGACCAAUCUCAGAAGCGGUAGAGAAUCCUUAUGGAGAGGAUGACAGUAAAAGCCCAUUUCCUGUGCAGCCUCCAGUUAAACGCAGCUACGCUCAAAAUGUCACCGUUUGGAUCAAAGCCAGCGGACUCCAGACGGAUGUGCAGAAGAUCCUAAGGAACGCCAGGAAGUUACCAGAUAAAACGCAGACUUUUUAUAAGGAGUUAAACCGGCUGAGGAAAGCUGCUUUGGCGUUUGGUUUUUGGGAGCUGCUGAAGGGAGUGGCCGAUCUGUUGGAACGCGAGUGCACCCUGUUACCAGACUCCGCCCACCCCGACGCCGCCUUCCAGCUGUCGCAUGCUGCCCAGCAGCUCAAACUAGCAAGCACUGGGGACUCUCAGUACGCCGCCUUCGACCACAACAUCGCCCCCAUGCACACGGACUUCUCCAGCUGAGCAGGAAAAAGUUUAGAGAUUUUUUCAUUUGUUUUCUCCUUUUAUUUCCAGGAUGAUUCACAGUGUAGAUUCUCACUGAAGUGUCAAAACUAUGAACGGACAAGUAUGAACAUAGUAAACAAAAACACACUGAAAAUAACUCCAAACUUGUUCUAGAGUUUAGAUUUUUAAAAAUCUCCUUUACCCUUUGCUUUUACCCUGGUUCACACUUUUGUCGUUUCUUGACCCUGAGGCUCAGCUGUGAAGUGAAAACCAUUUCAGGGACUUCAUGAAGCUCACUGAGAGAAGGACAAGAGUUUACAGCUGUCCACAAAGCAAAGGGAGGAGACUCUGAGGAUUUAGAUAUAAAUCAGAUUACUGCUGGACACUGCUUUAGCUCCUCCCUUUUGAUAGAUAUAACUACAGACAGACAUAAGGCAGUGUCCAGCAGUAAUCAGAACUGAAGAAAUAAAAAUAAAGAAAAAACAUCGAGUUGAUGUGUCCAAACUUUUGCCUGGUAGUGUGUGUGUACAUGUGAGAGGAAAACGUUCAUAUACUGAUGUCAUGUAAAGGUCAACAAACAGCUGACCCUCUGCAAUAUGAGACUUGUGUUUAUAUAUUUGUAUAAACUUUUCAAAAUAGUGAAUAGAUUUUUACAGUAUUCAUGGUUUAUUGUUACAAACGUGUCUGGAAAUUAUAAGUUUAAAUACACAGCCUCUCAAAUCAGAGUAGUAACAAGAUGAGUACAGAACUAAAAACAAAACAAACUGCAGUAGUUCUGAUCAUUGUGUUUUCCUGUUUUUGGCACCAAAGCGUGUUUUCUGUUUGUAAAGAUGCUUGAAGUUCAUAAAAAGACCUGUAGAUACGAGCGCAAUUUAUUAAUAAAUAUUAUUAACUACUUAGCAC